AUGUCUUCUUCUCUAGAUUGUGCCGUCAAUUUUGUGGAGACGGAUUCCGUUAGUGAUUAUCCUCGAAGCGAUCAUUCUUCUUUAAAAGAUCAAUCUUCCACCUCUUGGGAUUCCAGUGCCAACUUUGCCUGGCGAUACCAAGACACUCCUUUAGAAGAAGGGAGAAAGGAAUGGCGAAAUUUCGGAACUAGACAGAUGACAAUCAAAAACAUUCCACCACCUCCACCUCAGCAGCGUCUCUGGCAGUAUCCAGAGUACCUCACCUUUGCCUCUAGGAUAGCCACGUAUGGGGACUGGCCUAGAUACUUAAAGGGACCUAACCGAAAAGAUUUGGCUCGAGCUGGAUUCAUUUACACGCAGUUAGGGGACAAGGUGACUUGUUUUUGCUGUGGAAUGACGCUGAAAAGUUGGGAGCCUUUGGACGAUGCCUACCAAGAACAUCUCCGUUGGUCCAAGAACUGCAUGUAUGCCCAGAUGAUAACCGACGGGAAAAUGUAA